AUGGCUCGGUGUCGGCUGUCGACGCGGCUGCGGCCGCUGAUGGUGCUCGUGCUGGUGCAGUGCGCGUCGGCUUCCCUGCGGCGGGUGCCGCGCCAGGCCACUGGCCCGUCCUCCGGCUCGGGCGCCGCCUCCAGCACCUCCUACCCCUACGAGCAGCAGCUCAACUACUACCAACAGCUGCUCAACCAGUACAUCCAGUCCGGAAACUACGUCCCACCGCCGCAGCCGCAGCCCUCGGCUCCCAGCUUCGUCCCGCCACCGCAGCCCUCGCCGACGCCGGAGCCGCCGGCGCCGUCUGAGCAGCCGGGCCUGAAGCCGACGGCCGCUGGAGGUCUGCCGUACCCCGGGUACCCGCUCAGUGACCUGGCAUUCUCCAGCUACUUCCCCAGCCUGUCGCUCUACCAGCGCCUCCUGCCCAAGCCGAGCUCGUCCAAGGCGCCGGCCACCCCGGAGGUGUCCACCAACCUGGUGGAGCCCGUCCAGCCGGCGGCCGCCAUCAAGGUGUUCGACACGGCGCCGCCGCCGCCGGGCGCUCCGCUGCCCCAGCCGACGCCGGUGCAGUCCCAGCCGCAGCCGCCGCCGCCGCCGCCACCGCCCGCCCCGACGGUCCCGACCACGCCGGCACCGGCUCCGACCGUGGCACCUUCCACUGAGGCGCCGACUGCGCCGGAGCCGGCGGCAGGUCAGCCCGGAGCGUUCCCGGGCCGCCCGUACUACCCGGGGGCGCCGUACCCCCCGCCGUACUACCCUUACUACCCACCGCCGGGCGCCUACCCCCGCGGAGCGCCCUCCCAGUCCGGCGCACCCUCCCAGCCGGGCUUCUACCCGGGCUACUACCCCGGCUACCCGUACCCGCCCUACUACCCGCCGCCCGGCUCUUUCCCGGGCGCGCAGCAGCCGGAGGCCAAGCCGGCGGCCCAGCAGAGCGCCUUGCCCGGCUUCGGUCUGACGGCGGCGUCCCAGCCGGUGCCCAGCGCCGCGGCGCCCAGCGCCCAGCCGACCGCCGUCGACUCGGUGGCCUCGCUGUUCACCCAGAUCAAGACGCUGUACCCAGAGAUCACGCUGCAGCAGCUGCUGACGCUGCUGAACGGCCCGGCCCAGUCGCCGCUCUCCAGCACGACGGCGGCCCCGACCGCGGCCCCGACCCCGGCGCCCACCCCGGCCCGCACCCUGGAGGCCGCCAAGCUGCCGCAGGAGUAUCUCACGCUGCAGCUGACACCGGACACAGCCUUCCAGUCGGCCUACGACUCCGAGCUGGCGGCGCUCAAGCUCCGAUCGCAGCUGGUGUAG